AUGAAUAUAGGGAAGAAAAUUUACCUAAAAAACAUUGAUCAAAUUGAUGAUAAUUCACACAUCAAGAUACGGGUGCUGAAAAUGUGGAACUUUACUAGAAAUAAUAUGGUUUGUUCAAUUGAAAUGAUCAUAAUGGACGAGGAGGGAACACAAUACCAUUCUCGUGUCUUCAAUCAGAAUUUCUCCAGAUUUGGUCAUUUAUUAAAGGAAAAUGACACUUAUAUAAUUAUAAAACCCAAUAUGGCGGCUGUUCUUAAUGGUUUUAGUUAUACAGAACAAACAUGCCCACGAGACGCAUUCUUUGAUGUUAUUGGACAAAUUGUCUCAAUUCGACCGCUUGAAACAUCAAAUCCUGUAGCAUCCAAGCAUUAUAUCAAACUCACACUUAGCAACCUAGAGUCUGUACAUCUUAAGGUUACUAUCUUUGGAACUCAAGCAUACCAGCUGUCACAAUACCUAAAAGAGAACCCGACAGUUAAUUGUGUUGUUAUAGUGAUGCAGUUUGUAAAGCUUAACAUUUGGGAUGGAGUUGGUCAAGCUAAAAGUCAUUUUGAAGUAACCAAAAUGUUCAUAAAUUCUGACAUUGUUGAAAUUAAUGAGUACAAGAAAAGAUUGAAAGCUGAUGACAAUCUUGAUGACUUUAAGGACACUUUCCCAUUAAAAACAAUUUGUGAAAUCACAGAACCGCUGAAGGAAAUGAAAUUUUUGUUAGUUGCUUCAAUCGUUAAUAUAAGACAGAAUCUACAUUGGUAUUACGAAGCAUGCUACAAACGUGGAAAAAAAACUUCAGUUCCAAGACACAAUCAUUCGUAUACCGACCCUCAGAAAGUUACAGAAACUGUUGUUGUUCAGUGUAAAGAUCCAAGUUGCAAUAAUUCGGAUUUUCGUACAGUUAUCAAGUAUAUAAUUCCAAUCAACGUACAAGAUGGUACUGACACCAUUGGAUUGACUCUUUUUGAUAGAGAAGCAAAAAGGCUGCUAGAUAUAAGUGCAUAUGAGUUGAAAAAGAUACAUGAAGCGGCUAGAGACAGUGAUGCACUAUUACAAAACCGCAAGUUUGCUUUUCUUGUAGAUAUUACAAAAUACAAUGUCAACAACUAUAAUAAUAUCUACACCAUUCUCAAGCUGACAGAAGAUGUAUCCAUUGUUUCAGAAUUGGAAAGUAAAUUAGAACUUAUGAGUAUUGAAUCUGUCUCCUUAAAUCAGGUGCCUUUGGAAUCAGAUGAUGUUGUCCAGCCUGUUCAAAAGGAUGUCAUUUCACAAACAGAUGAAAGCUUUACACCAUCAACAGUUGAUAAAUCAACCGCAACAAGUCCUAGCAAAAUAUCAACUGAUUUGAAGCGCAACCUCCAAGACAUUUGUGACGUUGAUUCUGGAGAUGAUUUAAGUUCAACUAAGGCUAAAAGAAAAUCAAUCGGAGAGGAAACUCCACUCUUAAUUCCAAAAGUCGAGAAUUGUAGACAUACAAUGCAUUUCCAUUCUAAAAAGACUACAAAAAUAAAUACUUCAACAACUACAACGGUUAAUACUUCAAUUAACAAAGAUAAAUUGUCAAGUACUUCGUCCCCUGCAAAUCAAUAUUCUUCUAAAUUGGUAACCGAUGCUUACAAAGAAAACAAUAAUAACAUGUACCACAUGCAAGCCCGAGAGAAAAGAGGACAAAGAAAAAUAUAUUUGGAAAAUAAAAGAUCGAAGAAAAUGAAAACAACAUUGAACGUUCCAAAUCAAUCGACUAACAUUGUUGGUCAAACUCAAAAUGUCAAUUCAUUUACUUCACCUGGAAUGCAUACUACAACCAUACAACACUCUCCUUCCUUGACAUAUGUUAGAACUCCGUUAUCUAACAUUACAAAUGAAGAUGUAGAAAAUAUGCAUCAAGUGAACAAUGAAAAUCUUAUAGUUGGUAUCUCAAAUGAAUAUUUGGAUCAUGGUGAUCAAGAUGUUGUAUGUCAAACAUGUCGUGCAAAGUUAUGGAGAAAUGAAUCCAUUAGAGGUAAAGAAAAGGGGAACACGGAUUAUUCAUUAUGUUGUGCUUACGGCAAAGUUCAACUUCCAGAUUUAAAGAAAGCACCCCCGACUUAUGAAACAAUGUUCCGAAAUAUGGAUUCAAAAAGCAAACACUUUAUGAAAAACAUUCGACGUUACAAUUCAAUGUUUUCUUUUACGUCGAUGGGUGGUAAAAUUGAUUCUUCAAUCAAUAGAGGAAACGCUCCAUACAUUUUCAGAUUGGGUGGUCAAAAUUAUCAUAGUAUUGGAAGUCUUUUACCAGCAAAAGGAUCGGAACCAAAAUUCUCUCAGUUAUACAUUUAUGACACUAACAACGAAAUUACAAACAGACAAAGAUGUUUUCGUGGGGAAAAGGAUCAAUCAACAUCAAUUGAUAGUGAUAUUAUUGAAGAUAUUAAGAAAAAUCCAGAAGUUGAUAUGAAAUUACGACUUAUCGGGAGAAGGGAGCAAGAUGGAAGAACAUAUAACCUACCGACUGCUUCUGAGGUUGCUGCUUUAAUUAUUGGUGACAUUUCUGAUUCAAUCGAAAAGAGGGACAUCGUCGUUCAAACAAAAGAUGGUUCUCUACAACGUAUCAGUGAAUUGCAUCCUUCGUACCUUCCUCUCCAAUAUCCAUUGCUAUUUCCAUAUGGGGAUGAUGGUUACAGUGUUGACAUUCUUCAUAGAGGUGUGUCAUUUACGGCCGACAGCAAGCGUGCGAAAUGUACAAUGAGAGAAUAUUUCGCUUAUAGGAUUCAAGACAGAGAUCAUUCGUUCUCUCUCAUACUUAAUUCAAAAAGGUUGUUUCAACAGUUUUUGGUAGAUGCCUAUACUAUGAUGGAAACAGAGAGAUUGUACUACAUACGUAGGCAACAACAUGUUCUUAGAUGUGAUUCUUAUGAAAAUUUACAUAAACAAAAAGCUCAAGGAACGACUGAUAUCUCGAAUGUCGGCUAA